GGGUGGGUGGUGAGCAGUGCCGACCCGGAAGCGAAACUGGGGGAACUUCCGUUCUUUGUUCUGUCCCUGGUGUGUAGGUCUGUGACAGGGUCCAACGGGGCCUGGUCCGUGUCCGGCCCCCCAAAUCUCCCGUCCCUGCCCCCAGGCACUUGCAUCAGCUAAAGUCAGAAUUCCAAGAAACUUGAACAGAGGCUACCAAAUUCCCAGUAAUUGCUACGCUGGCUUUCUGAGGACUAACUUGAAGGAGGGAAGGAGUCCAGCAGUACUUCCUUAUUUUCAUUCAAAAUCUGUGCUCUGCUGAGUCUGCAAAUAGGAGACCAGAGACCCAGGACUUCUAGCCCACCCAUGGAAACUCAGGCUGGUUGUGUAUCUCAGGAACCUCAGGCCCUGCUCGAGGGUGCUCUUCCUUCCUCAAAAGUUCCUGCAUUUUCCAACAAGGACAGCUUGGGGGAUGAGAUGUUGGCAGCUGCACUCUUAAAGGCCAAGUCCCAGGAGUUGGUGACAUUUGAGGAUGUCGCUGUGUACUUCAUCCGGAAGGAGUGGAAGCGUUUGGAGCCUGCUCAGAGGGACCUCUAUAGGGAUGUGAUGCUGGAGAAUUACGGGAAUGUGUUCUCACUGGAUGGUGAGACCAGAACUGAGCAUGAUCAAGACAUUUCUGAAGAUGCAGGAUCACAUGGGGUGCUAUUGAGAAGAUUCCAAAAGGACAUUUCUAAGGGUCUUAAGUUUGAAGAAGCCUAUGAACAAGAAGUCAGUCUAAAGAGGAAGCUGGGGAACUCCUCUGGGGAAAGACUGAAUAGGAAGAUACCAGGUUAUGGUCCAGUGACAGUUGAGAAAAAGCUCACAUCCAUGGGGGAGAGAAGUGAGAAAUAUGAUUUUGGGAACAGCUUCACUGUGAGUCCCAACCUUAUUUCACAUCAGAGACAUCCUGUGGGAGACAGACCCCACAAAUGUGAUGAAUGUAGCAAGAGCUUUAAUCGAACUUCAGACCUUAUUCAACAUCAGAGAAUCCACACUGGGGAAAAACCCUAUGAAUGUAGUGAGUGUGGGAAGGCCUUCAGCCAGAGCUCACACCUCAUCCAGCAUCAGAGAAUCCACACUGGAGAAAAGCCCUAUGAAUGUAACGACUGUGGGAAGACCUUCAGUUGCAGCUCUGCUCUCAUUCUGCAUCGGAGGAUCCACACUGGGGAGAAACCUUACGAAUGUAAUGAGUGUGGAAAAACUUUUAGCUGGAGCUCCACCCUUACGCACCAUCAGAGAAUCCACACUGGAGAGAAACCAUAUGCUUGUAAUGAAUGUGGGAAGGCCUUUAGUCGGAGCUCCACUCUUAUUCAUCACCAGAGAAUCCACACUGGAGAAAAGCCCUAUGAAUGUAAUGAGUGUGGGAAGGCCUUCAGCCAGAGCUCACACCUCUAUCAACACCAGAGAAUCCACACUGGAGAGAAACCCUAUGAAUGUAUGGAAUGUGGAGGGAAGUUUACCUAUAGUUCAGGCCUUAUUCAGCAUCAAAGAAUCCACACAGGGGAGAAUCCCUAUGAAUGUAGUGAGUGUGGGAAAGCCUUUAGGUACAGCUCAGCUCUUGUUCGCCAUCAGAGAAUUCACACUGGAGAGAAGCCUUUGAAUGUAAUGGGCAUGAGCAAAAGUUCUCUCAGGGUCUCUGCUGAAUUAAAUAUCAGAGAGUCUACAUGAAAGAGAGCCACAUACCUAUUUUCCUCAUUUCCUCUGAGUCUAAAGAGCUCCUGCCUUACUAUACAAGGAUGAACAACUUAGGAUGUGUCCUUCCAGCUCAAACCCUUCACUUUAGAGAAUGGGGCAUACUGGGCAAUUCGUGCUGGUAUACUGAUUAGCAACCUAGUCAAUUUUCCCAGGAAUGGUACCAGCUUGAAAAAUUGAGAGGCAAGUUGCAUAUCAAGUGCUGGGAGUAGAGGGAAGCUCUGGGACCAACCCCCUUCCAUCUUGGAAGGGAGUUUGCACUAGACCAGAGGAUCCUUCCCACGGUGGGGUUGGAAGCACAGUAGGAAUAAAAUUCCAAGGAUUCCUGUAGCUGGAGUCAGUACAGUCAGCACAGAAAGACAGUGGAAACAACAUUCUGGGACCUGUUACUUGCUGUGGAGGGGGAAUGGAGGUUGUAUUUCAAAUGGAGUCUGUUCCUAAUCCAGCUUUUAAGGUUUGAUAAGGGAUAUGCAUUUUGUUUCAUGACUUUAUUGGUUAUAAAGACUUGGUGUUGAGGGAUUUGUUAUUUUAUUGGAGUCAAGGGUAGACCCCAAGAGAGGUUAUCUGUGAUGAUUUUAUUGUUUAGGGCUCCUGGAGCAGCAAGACUACAUUUCCAAGAGCAGUCGCGCAGUUUUGUUGGAGGACCUCUCCUCUGUUGUGAUAGGACUAUUUGGGAAAUCCAUCGAAUCCAUGAGUAUAACAUUAGGGAGAGGAUCAGAAGUAGUUAGCAUUGGCACCUCCUCUUCCCCUUUUGCCACUCCUGUGAUGAAAAGCAGCUUAAUGUAAACCCCUUGGUAAGAAUCCUCCUAAGGAGUUCACUCAGCUUGCCUUGCCCUCUCACCUAUAACCUAAUGACACUGGGUCCUGGCAGCCAGACCUCUCCUAACCCUGCCUCUGACUCUUCAACGGCCGAGUAUGAAUGCAAACAGAGCAAAUCCCAGAAAAGGAAAGCCGUGACCUGCAGCUGGUAUCAGGGCUCCUUGCUCAAUUAGGCUGGAGCUCCCCGAAUUUUCCCAACUGAGGGGAUGACCUCUCAUUAUGUUUUUCCAAUCCUGCUCAUCCUGUAGCAUAAACGAAGUGCACUAUUAAACAAAAUAGUUUUUCAGAAGGAAAGAUUGUGUUUUUGUGCAGGGGCCAAAUUAAUUUCAGUUUAAACAGGAAACUGGUUGUCGAUGGAAUCUUUACACACAACCAUUGCUCUCUUACUCAAAUGUGAUUUCUCUUUCCCUCAGGACUCCAUCGUAUUCCUCUAGUACUGCCAGACUCCACAGUCAUCCUCACAGUCUCUCCCACCUUCAUAAUCACAUGUGGGAUUUUAUGUGCUGCAUAUCAUUCUGCACAGAAUGAUACUUAAGGCAGAGACCAAAACUAGAACAGUAUAGGGUAUGGGGCCCCUGACAAGCGUGUACUUGGAUGUUGGGUGGCAAUGGGUACAUUUAGACUGUAUUUUUUUACUGCUAAUGGAGGAUGUUAUGGUUAUGAAAACCUAAUGAGAGCAUGAUCUGGAACUUUGGUCUCUGAAAAUUUUUGAAUCAUACUGUAAUUGACCACCUAGUAGUUUGCAAUUUCUUAAAGCUAGAAUGAAACUUAACAAAAUUGUGCUCUUUGGUAUCACUACAUAUUUACAGGUGACUUAAUUUCACAAAACUGUAGUCCAUGAACUAUCCAUAAUAGACUCACUAGGCCACUUAGUAGUAGUGCCUGCUUCUUAGACCCAGGGCAGACCUGUAAAAUGACUUCUGAGGAGAGAGCCUAACUGUUUACACAAAGAAGAAAGAAAUGGUCAAGGAAAAGUGAUUGGAGAAAACUUCCUGGAGAUCAGUUUGGGCUCACAUUAGGAGGAUGUGAUCUGUAGUAAAAGAGAGAAGGCUCCAGGUAGGACAGUUUGGGGUGGGGGUGAGCAUGGCCAUCUAUGUGGAGGUUCAUGGAUAGCUCUGGAAAAGACCUUAAAACAGGUAAAAUUACUAGGUGAAGAAGUCACUACAUGAAGGAUCAGCCCCUUUUCUGCCCCUUUGACCUUGUGUCUUCCCUGCUUUAGUUACUGGAAUCACCAGCUUCCCAGCCAGCCAAGCCAAAAACCUGUGGAUUGCAUGGCUUGCGUCUCCAUCCCUCCUAUAGUAUGUCAGCAUGUCUAGCCCAUCCUACCUUCUCUAUUCCUGUGACCCUAGCACUGGCCUAGACAGCAGCUCUUCAUCAGAUUUGGAUACCUUCAAGUAACAUUUUCUGGUUUCUAGUUUCUGAUCCUUCAUGAAUGCCAGAAAGACAUACAGGGCUUCAUGAAGGUGUUUCUGGAAGAACUGAACUAAUGAGGUUUAGUGGCAUUUCCUCCUGGAAGUUUAACAGGCCAGGCACAAUCUUCAAGGCCUGGCCACUGGUGACAAAUGUACAUGUACACCCACAGACUUCACCUGUUACACAGCCACAUGUGAUCACGUAAGCACACAGCCACUAAUUUUUCUAUAGAGCAGGGCACAGCCCUGUGGUGGGGUCCAAAGAUACAUGAAAUGAUUCCUGUUCUCCAGAAGUUCAAUCUGGGGGCUGCUCAUUGACAUUCUCUGCCAGCUUCUCCCAAAUGCUCAGGCCUUGAAAAGACCAUUAAAGGCAAAACUUGCAAAUAAUUUGCAUUUAUUUUUAGAUACUGGACUUUGUGAUAACAGAACUAGGAACAGACGUCAUUAGCUAAGAAUAAUAGAAACAGGAACUAAACUGAAAUGUUACAGCCAGAGAUCUUAGUGGUUUCCCGCCAGACAGGUGGGAUCUGCUUUCAGGUAUCUCACAAGUCUGUACCAUCUUGCAUUUUCUCUUAAGUGUCAUUCACAUCUUUUCUCCCAGCUUAGAUGUUAAGGUCCUAAAGUGUUCCAGAGUCUAUGGCUCUGAUAUGCCCUCUAAGAGCCUAGCUGGGCUUAACUGACUUCCCCACAGCAUAAUUACAUAAGGUUUCCUUUUAGGGGUCUGGAAUUCCAGAGGACAUCGGUGCUGCAGCUGCAUCAGACAAUAUAGCCAGCUGGGGGUCAGACAAAAUAGCCAUUCAAGUCUCUUACCUGGGAAUGCAGGUCUCCCACCACCUGGACCUUCAGAGGCCUUAAUAGGAUCCAGGAUGCCUGAGCAUUUUACAGAUGAGGACACUGAGGUCAAGGGCUUAGUAGUCACGCCUACUCUGGCUUUUCUAGCAGUGGGUCAGCAAGCAUAUUUUUUUUUUAAAGAUUUAUUUAUGUAUGCAUACAAGAACUGGGGAGGGUGGUGAGAGGAUUCAUCAGACAAAGUGGGGAACAGAACAGGCUGAUUGACUGAAAUACACUGCUGAGGAGAGCAGCGGGCGAGAAAGGAGAGGGCUGCAAUGACUGUGGAUAGUUCAUAGUGCUGAGACUUACACCUUUUGUGCCACCAGGGAGGCCCCAGCAAGCAUUAUCAAAUGAUUGUGCUCCCAGAUCUGUGCUAGAUGGUAUAAGGGCAAGCAAAAGUAUAUAGUUUCCUAUCAAGAAAAUUUACCACCUCAUUGAGACAACAUAAGGAAAUGCUUAGAAUCUCAAGAAUUUGCAAACAAUCCUAUCUUAAGUUUAUGAAGCUAAAGGUCUGUUAAGAAAUAAGUCUUUGGAAGAGCAGAUCUUAGCUGGGUCUGGUAGUCAGGGAAGAUAAAAAGACAUUUCUGAUUGGGAUAAGGGGAGUGUAGCCUAAGGUGGGGCUGUGAUAGAAGGACUCCUAGAUGACGAUUUCACCUAGUGAACAUGAUUUCACUAUUUGAGGGGGGAGGCAAGAGCAGCACAAACCAAGGGAACAGUGGAAGCAAAGACAGGGAGUCACAAAAUUACUGGGGCUGGGUCAGAAGGAAUCAGUAAGAUGUAAUUAUUUAGCCAGUAACAUGAAAUACUGCUGCAACCCCUCCCUCCCAUUUCUGCCUGGUUCAUCCUAGUAUAGAUGGCUGGAUGAAAAGGUCCCAUGAAAAUAAUGCUCAGAUCAACUAGUAGGAAGAAACUGAUGUACUAUCAGUGAAGUCAUGGUGAGUAGGAAGUGAUGAAAAACAAUGCUUUCAAAGCUCCUGCAUCUGCUGACUUGUACCCUGAAUUGCACAAAUAAUUACUUUGUAAAUCUUAUCUGGAAAGGUUUGGCAAAAAUAGGUGGUAGGCAUUUAUUUCAAGCAUACAGAUAAAAGACAAUAAUGUAUUUCACAAUAUUUUGAAAAACAAGGACACAAGUCACUAAAAAUUACUAGUGUACAAUUUAAAUAAUUUUAGAAUGGGGAAGGCUUUUCUCAGCACAAGAUGCUUUUCUAAGCACAAGCCACUUGUGGAGGGAGUGUAAAUUGACUCAAUAUUUUGGAAGGCAAUUUGGCAACACAAAAGUGUACACUAUUUAAAGCAACUCCACUUCUAGGAAUUUGUCAUACAGAAAUGCUUCUUUCUAUAAGCCUGCAAAGAACCAUGUACAAAUUGGUGUUUUUAAUAAUUAGAAAAUUCCAAAUAUUAACCAUAAGAUACCUAAAUAAACCCUGUGAUCAUCAGAAUGUUUGGUUCUUACGUAUUCAUUGACAUGGAAAAAGGCCCAAGAUACAGUUAUAUUUCGAAAAUGCAGAGUCCAGAACAGCAUAAUCCCAUUAUCCCAGUACAUUAGCACAAUCACUGGCAUACACGUCUAUCUAUGUAUAUAUAUAAUAUAGAUUAUACUAAAAAAAAUUUAAGAGUCAGCAGCAAAUAUUAAGUAUAAAAUUAUGAUGGGUGUUUACUUUGUAACGCUAUUUCCUUGCUACUAAUUUAAAGUCAGCAUGCAUUAAAUUAGAAAAAAAUUAUGGCUUUAAAUAAGCAUACUAACACAAGUUUUAGGAGCUAAUUUUUAUAACCAUGAACAUCUGACAGGUAGGAGUCCUGAAAGUCUUGAAACCGGUCCCAGUUGGUCCAGAUUUGGCUUUAGGACUUUCUCGUCACAGGUUGGAUUUUGCUAUUUCAGAAUCUUGAUAAUUAUGAUUUAAAUGACUCGACCCACCACUGGGCUCAACCUCAAUAUUUAAAAUGCAGGCCCUAACUCUCAACUCAGUUCGGGUGGAGAUGGGGCCUUGGCCAGCAAAAAUUCAUCAAUAAAACCCAGGGGUCUCCUAAGCAGCCCAGAGCUCGGGCACAAAGGCACCCGCAGCAACCACAUGGGUGGGCGGGGCCCGCUGGCACUGAAAGCACAGGCCUCAACCCCACCCCGUCAGACCCCGGCCGGACAGCACCACAGGCCAGCACCCCCUUUUCUACAUGCCUCGGGGCACUCAAAGUGCAGGACAAACUGGCUUUCUGUCUGCGGGCGUGGCUGCCUGACAAGCACAAACAAUGGCUCCACGAUCAUUUCCGGCAAGACCCCUGCUUGGGGAGUAACCAACCCCCCGCCCCUCGCUUUCGGUCCCUCUGGGGCUUUGGAGGUUUAGUCAACUCGAUGGUUCUCAUGCUCUUUUAGCAGGGAGGGGCUGGGAGAGGCGGGUCCGAAAAAGAGAAGGAAGGAGGAAGAGCCGGGAAGCUCACACACACCACCCCUAGCGCUGAGCCACCUUCCUCGGGCGAUCUUAGAGCAGUAACGGAGUGGGAGGAAACACUCCUACAGGAUUGAUUCCAUUGUAUUGCCAUGUGAUAAAAAUGUGUUCAUGGGGCCUCCCCCAUGGUGCAGGAGUUAAAGAUAUGACUAUCAAGCUAUUGCCAGCCACUGCAGCACAAGUUCAAUCCCCAGGCAGGGAGCUGACCCACAUGGCACAGCUGACCUUUCCUGCUGCUCCCCUCAGCAGUGUAUUUCAGUAGAUCCACCUGUUCUGCUCCUCACUCUGUCUGGUGAAUCCUCUCACCACCCACCCCUGGCCUGCACCCCAAUUCUUGUAUGCAUAAAAAAAUAAAUCUUAAAAAAAAAAUGUCUGUAUGGACUAUAUAUUUGACAUUUAGUUCUACCAACUACCACUAGAGUUCUCAUUACAAGAAACUUCAAAGAAACAAAAUUUAGCAAUCAGGAAUGGCCAUGUUUUUAUAAAACAUUGCAUGGGCUCAGACUAACCCCAAACUGUUGAGGAGUGAUUCUGGAGCCAAGCCUGGUUGCUUCCACCUUCUGAGACUGGACAGUUAUUAAUCAUGUCUGAUCUUUUACUGUGCAACUAGUGUUCGAUUCUACUCCCUCCAGUCACCUCCUUGCAUGAGCUAUCUGCCCCCAAAUGCUUGUCGUGGGCUGUUUCUGGGGGAAAUCCAAAUUAUGACAGUUGGUAUGGAAGUGGCCCUAGGAACUGUGCUUUCAGUAUGGGAUUCCAAAAAAGGCCAUUCUUCGGAUGGUAAGAAAGGGAGCCUGGUAAGAAGUGCAGUAAUGGCCACCCCACAUGAUGUAGCAUGACAAUUACUAUGAGUCUCACUUCUCAUGGGUAGAAGUAUAUAGCUUAUUGCAAUAGUUCUGUAACUUGAACAUUAUUGGGAUAGUGGCAAUACAGCCUCUGGAGGCUAGAAAAGGCAGGGAAUCUGAUUCUAAGAACUUCACAAGGGAACAAACUGGGGCUAUCACCUUGAUUUUAGACCAGUCAGACCAUGUUAAAAUUUGAAUCUAUAUAAAGUUAUAUUGUUUUAAAAAAGUAC